AUGCAGAUCGUGGCCCACCGAACAAAAAAGGCUUUGCACGACGGUAAGGACGCAAAGCACUUGGAGGUCAAAGUCGGCCAUUGUGACAGGUGGCAGCCCGCGUGCACUGUAGACGAGGCCCGCUUGUCGCAUUAUUUCGCCAACCUAGCGCACAAUAAAGCGGCCCGGCGCGAGGAGUUCCGCGCCGCCCGGUUUGUCGCCAAACUGAAGAGGAGGAGAGAGCGUUCAUUCAUGUCUUCGUGGAGUUCGUUGGGGCCGCGCCAGAAGUCGGAGUGCGGGACGCAUAAGGAGACCCCGAACCACAUCGUGGCCGCUGCCCGGACUGGCGGCUUCCUCACGGCGGUUAGCGCUUCGGGGGUCAUCGUCGACAUCGACGAGUUAGUGGGGGUGGAAUCCUUGUCCCAGCGAUGCCGCUUCUUGGCCAUGCUAAAGAGCCGGCACCCAGAUUUGAAGGUCAUCGUCCACGACGACGCGUGCCAUUUGCGCUUGAUGAUGGAGGCGAACCGGGCCAGUUCUCCGAUCGCCGAGGAGCUGGCGGCCGACGUCGCGUGCAUCGUCGACGAGUACCACGCGAGCGCGCACGUGGGGGCGUGGUGCAAGAAGCACUGCUUGCCAUCUCUGCCGGAAAACCAGGCGCUCCUCCGGAAGUUCCCCACGAACAUCUGCGAGGUGAAGAACUCGGACCUAUCCCCCCUAGCUCAUACUAUCCAUCACAUGGGCCGCUGGAUGUGCAUCCUUGCCGUGGCGGAGAUGGUGGACGUGAGCAGCCGCCGCGUCCUCGCUCUUGCGGAGGCGCGUCGCGGCGUUGAGCGGAGGAAGGUGGCUCGGGCAAAGAAGAAGGCGCAGGAAAAGCUCUGCGCCGCAACCCCGCCCCCCGAGCUCACCGCGGCCGAGAUUCGCGCGCUCAUGGACGCCGCGCAGCAGAAGGUCGACGAGAACUUCAACGCCGCCGAGCACUUGCCAGAAGCCGUGUAUAAAUUCGUCCACCCAAUAGCGACCACCACGUGCCAGGGCUUUUAUUCCACGACGAUGAUGUUGCUGGGCGCCGUCCCGGCCUUGACGAACGGCGCCCGCGUCAAGCUGUGGUCGCAGAAAGCGCGUCCUCUCACCGCGGUCGUCAUCCAGGUGGCAGUGCCGCAGAAAGGCAAGAGUCGUCUGUAUCCCGUCAUCGAGGAGAUGUUCGACACCUGCGACGACGUGGUGGCGGACCUGGCCCAGCACAUGUUCAACGAGGCUCGCGAAGGGAGGCAAGACGCGCACGCCAGCGUCGGCGGGGAACUCGUAGUGAAUUCUGCCGCCCUCCAGAGUUUUACGUUCCCGGAGUUUUUCUUCAGGUGUUCUGCUGCGUGCAAGCAGGUCGAGUGCAAGGUUGGGGAUAAGAAGACUGACCCAGGCAUCCCGGCCAGGGUCUGGUUCGGCAACGGCUUCAACCUGGACGAGGCGUACGAGUUCUUUGACGGUUUGGGCCUCCUCGGUAAUGCGACCAAAGACAAGGACAAGACGCCCUCCUUGAACGCGUCGUUGCUGAAUUCGCUGUUGCAGUCCGGCAAGACCAGGAGGGCGACGCGCACAAGCACCAAUUUCGGCAUGUCGAGGGACAAGACCGUGUCCAUCUCCAUUCUCGGCAACGCCCACCCCGACAAGGCCAUUCCUAUGGGCCGCGGUUGUUUGGGCUCCCACACGGCGGCCACGAAAGAGCGAUUCGUGUUCUGCCUCGACCGCGCGGUGCCUCGGCACGCGCCUUUGCCCGAGGACUGCGAGCUCGAAGCCGGUGAUGAUGGGUGGACGUGGCUGCCUCUCACGGCCCAGCAAGCCGCGGUCUACGGGUGGGAUCACUUUAAGGACGUCGACGAUCGCUCUCAGCCUGCGCCGUGCGAGGGCGGCCUCGUCAUCCAGGGGCCUCCCGGCGGCUACGUCGUCUCGUUCCCUGACGGCCACCAGAGUCGAUUGCGGUACUUGUGCCGUCCAGACGGCGGGCUCGUCGCCACCGAGUACCGCAUCUCCUCGCGUUGGAAUCUGCCUGACCCCACGGACCGCAUCAGGGCGGCGGCUCGGCGCAUUGCUGGACUAUUCAAAGAUAAGCCGCACGCCGUGCUCGAGUUCGAGAGCCGCGCCAAGAAGAUCCUCCUGGGCAACCAGGUGGCGCAGAGCAAUCGGGCUGACAUGUGCGAGGAUGACGUUCCCACUGCCGCCCUCCAUUCAAAAGCCGCGGAGCACGUGGGCAAUUUCGCAGGGCUCCUGGCUGUCCUGGAGUACGGCGGGGGCGCCCCUCUGCCCGAGGGCCACGACGUCGUGCUGAUCACGGAGGACCACGUGGAGACGGCGUGGCGCUUGGUGAACACAAGCCUCCUCAUUCGGGAGGCCUGGCGCGCGGUGCCCCCCGUUGAGGAUGAUGACUUGGCCGCGCCCGGUUUCGGCCUCGCGGAUGCUAUCCGCGGCGACUGCCAGCCGGGCCUGUACGCGCCUGCGCUGCCGACGCAGCUCCCGCCAUUCCCCGCGACCGAGCUCGCGGGCGGCGCCGGCGGCGGCCCCGCCGACCCCCUCUCCCCGGCAGACGACGAAGAGGAUGGGGCAGAAUUGGCUUCGCGCGGCGACGGCGCCGGGGGGGUCUCCCGCGGCGCGCCGCCGGGGCGCGCUGGAAGCGAGGGCUCGCAGCCUGCGGAGAGCCCGCGCUCGCCGAGGCCGGAGGAAGAGGAGGAGGAGGCCGUCUCGCCGACCUCGCGAGAGCCCGCGCCGAGGGCGAGGGGCAGCCGCUUCAGCAGCAGCACCAGGCGCCCCCUCUGGCGGCCGCUGCCUCCCCGCCGGCGGCCGCUGCCAGCGCCCCCGCGCCGGGCGCCGGAGAGGAGACGGCGCCUUCGCCGCUCGCGGCCCCGCUCUGCUGGGGGGACGUGGAAACGGAAGCGAACUUCGACAAAGUGGGGCUGGGCCCCAAGGGUAACAUGA